CCUAGUUACGUUUUAAAAAAAAACUGAAAACAAAUAUAUCUCUUCCUUCUUUCGGAAGCUGGUCCUACUUUCUUUUACAUUUCUACCGCACGAACCGCGUACAGCUUGUAUCGCUUAAGCUUCACCUGGUGUUUCUAACUGGUGCUUGCCCUUCGCCAAAGCGCUCGCCUCAGCAUCUGACUCAUCUAUUUGCUGCUGCGGCUUCUUCUCCUGCAAACAAGAAGACGAGAAAACAGCCCGAGUUACGCCUCCUUCUACUUCGUUUUCGCCUUCUACAGGGCUGUCCAGACCCCCCAGCAGGGAGAUCAGCAGACCUAGACCCUGAAGAAAAGGCCCCUCCAAAAGGCGCUAUUCUUCGGCAGCUCGCUGGUUCCGGCGGUGUCGACCUUCACCAAAGCUUACCCAAACUGCGGGGAACCGGCGCUAACGGCACCCACUAUAGCCCAGGCGGUGGGACCCUGCUGAACACAAGGCACGCUCUCACAGGACCGCUUUGGGCCCUAUUUGCUGUUUGCUUAUAAUGCGCACGGCGUCACUGCUGCCCGGUGUCUCGUGGCAUUUCAACUUGUUUUCUUCGCCUGUCUACCGAUUCUCGACUGCCUGUCUGCUUUUCCUCACGCUACAAAUAGCCGUCGUCGCCGCUGCAGCAGACGAAGCCGCUCCAGAGCCCACGGCUUCCCGGCACCCACGAGCACGCGCAGCUCCGUCGAUACCGGCAUACACACCCAUUGUCACGCCAGCUCCAGAUCAAGCUGCUAUUCUCUCCAAGAUGGGCUACAAGCAAGAGACUUACUAUUCCUGCAACACAUUCGACGGCCAACAACACUGCGGGUGGCAUGUUCCUAUUGUGCAGGCCGUUGCCGAGACAGCAAUCCAGGGCUCGCUAGCACCAGGCACCAGGACAGACACAAGUGUCGUUGCCGCCGUGCUGGCAUGUGUAGCGGGCAUUUUUGCGUUUGGAUUGAUGUGAUGGCGUAUACCUACCUUGCAAGGGUGUCUUUUUUUAUUUUUGGAACAGACCCUGGUUGGAGGCUCUGCUCGUCUGGACGAGCACGGUCUUUUUGCACCUGGUUGUUUCACGGGCGUUUUGGGGACCAACAGAUGACCUAGCCUCAUCAUGAUGGUGUCUACUCUGUGAGAGGAUAACGAGCACUUCAUGUUUUACGACGUUUUAUGAUAAAUUUGGGACUUUUCUUUUUGCUGCGUUUUGUUCUUGGGUUGACGAAAUAGCCUUGAGUGAUGCUCGGCUUUGCUUUUGAUGAGAUACCACUUUGGAGUUUUUCGAUUCACUUUCCUCGGAAUGGUUGGCAUGAUGAUGCAUGCCUAAGAUACAUACAGUAUACAGCAUUAUAUUAAAUAUAUAUAUCAACAGGAUACCUCAUUGUC